CCCCGAUCCAUGCUUCCCACCGCCUCCUGGACUCGGCCAAAUCGAGCUAGAACGAGCGAGCAGACAGCAGAGUGGUCUCGGGCGGCCGAUAUGGGGCGGGGCAGGGCACCGUGCUGCGCCAAGGUCGGGCUCAACAGGGGCUCAUGGACGCCGCAGGAGGACAUGCGCCUCAUCGCCUACAUCCAGAAGCACGGCCACGCCAACUGGCGCGCCCUGCCGAGGCAGGCGGGCCUGCUGCGCUGCGGGAAGAGCUGCCGGCUCCGGUGGAUCAACUACCUGCGCCCCGACCUCAGGCGCGGCAACUUCACCGCCGACGAGGAGGCCACCGUCAUCAAGCUGCACGGCUUGCUCGGCAACAAGUGGUCCAAGAUCGCGGCGUGCCUGCCCGGGAGGACGGACAACGAGAUCAAGAACGUCUGGAACACGCACCUGAAGAAGAAGGCCUCGGAGCAGAAGCCAGGCCCAGGCGUUGGCCAGAGCAAGGGCGAGGCGGCCGACGGAGACCCCGACACGCCCGUCCCUUCGCUGUCUUCGGCGUCCUCGUCGAUGACGACCAGCGAGGGAUCCAAUGGAGGCGGCGCCGGCGAGCAGUGCGGCACGAGCAACGAGCCCGACACGACGGACUUGCCAUCCCCGCUCGAGCUGGAGCUGGAGCUCGAGCCAGUCAUGGACAUCCUGGACAUGCUGGCCGACGCCGCGCCCACGGAGGCGCUCGCGACUGCGGCGCCAAUGCCGACGUCUUCCUGCUCGUCCUCCUCCCCGACGACGUGCGGCGGGGGAGCGGAGGAGCUGCUCGAGCUGCCGGACUACAUCGACAUGGACGCCGACAUCUGGAGCAUCAUCGACGACGACACCGCGCGCCUACAACAACAACAAGGCGAUGCAACAGUGCCAUGUAGGAGUACGACCAAGGCCAGCCCGGAGGAGGAGGGAACAGAUUGGUGGUUGGAGGAUUUGGAGAAGGAGCUCGGCCUGUGGGGGCCCGCGGGGGAAUCCCAGCCCCAGGUGGGCCCACACGACCAAAUAGGCUACCCGGGCCAACUCUACGAAACGGAGGGGGACGUGGCGAUGGGACCCUCCUCCUACCCGCAGUCCAGAUCGGAUCAUCAUCAGGCGUCCAGUUCUGAAUAGAAGGCCAAGAUCCACGGUGAUCCCAUCGGACGCGCGAGAUCAAGCAUUUCAACUUGGAGAAGUUUUCAACCAAACGUUUGGGUUGCUCAUUUGAUUUCAUUGUUGGAGUAAAACUGAAAGUGAAACGGGCUGGUCGUUUAGAAUGCACAUACAAAUUGAAGGAAUGAAAGUCAGGUCAAAUACAAGGCCAAGUAGCACGAGUACCUCUACUAUCUAACAGUUUUUUUUUUAACCAAAACUGUACUUCUACUAUGGCAUGUAUGUAUGUAUGCGACAGCACUCCACUGAUCAGUGAUCAAGAGCCAGUGAGAAGUGCUAUGCAAAUAUGCGUACAUAUGCACGUCAUUUGGUUGAUUUU